UAUUUAUUUUUGCAAGUGUUGUGAUUGUGGGUUGUUUGAUUAUUUAAUAAGAAACUGUUAUUUUGUGGAGCAGAAAAUAUAACGGCUACAUCAUGUACGGGCUACUCCUGGAGAAUAUGGCGGAGUACAUCCGGCAGACGUACGGCGAGGAGCGCUGGGAGGACAUCCGGAGACAGGCGGGAGUGGAACAGCCCUCCUUCUCCGUCCACCAGGUCUACCCGGAGAAUCUCAUCACCAGGCUAGCGAAGAAAGCUCAAGAGGUUUUAGGGAUGACAGAACGUGAAUUUAUGGAUCAAAUGGGAGUGUACUUCGUCGGUUUCGUUUCACAAUAUGGUUACGACCGAGUCUUAUCAGUACUUGGCAGACACAUGCGAGACUUUCUCAACGGAUUGGACAAUCUUCACGAGUAUUUAAAAUUUAGUUAUCCCAGAAUGAGGGCGCCAAGUUUCAUAUGCGAGAAUGAAACUCGGCAAGGAUUGACUUUACAUUACCGAUCUAAACGAAGAGGAUUUGUUUAUUACGCAAUGGGACAAAUAAGGGAGGUAGCCCGUCACUUUUAUCACAAGGAAAUGCGAAUAGAAUUAUUAAGAGAAGAACUUUUAUUCGACACAGUGCAUGUAACAUUUCAACUGACUUUCGACAAUCGUGCUUUUACGCUUGCUUCCUUAGCGAUGACAAGAGAAGAAAAACAUCUGCCGAUCAGUGCCUCGGUGUUGUUCGAAAUAUUUCCGUUCUGUAUCGUUUUUGGAUCCGAUAUGAUUGUGAGGAGUAUCGGCAACUCGUUAAUGGUUAUUUUACCAGAUUUGGUUGGUAAGAAGAUAACAAAUUGGUUCGAUCUCGUGCGACCACUCAUUGCCUUCAAGUUUCAAACUAUAUUAAACCGUACGAACAAUAUCUUUGAGUUGGUGACCGUGGAAGCUGUUAUGCAUGAGAAGGCUCCUGACAAACGCAAUGAACUGCUACGACUGUCUGACGAGACGGAGGCCGCUACUGACAAGAAUUUGAGGCUAAAAGGUCAAAUGAUCUACAUGGACAACUGGCGGAUGAUGAUGUACCUGGGGACCCCCGUGAUGCCGGACCUGGCAGCGCUGGUCUCCACGGGGCUGUACAUCAAUGAUCUGUCGAUGCAUGACUUCAGCAGAGACCUGAUGCUAGCCGGUACACAGCAAUCCGUGGAGUUAAAACUAGCGUUAGACCAAGAGCAGCAGAAGAGUAAAAAGCUAGAAGAAUCCAUGAGGAAACUGGAUGAGGAGAUGAAGAGGACUGACGAACUGUUGUAUCAGAUGAUACCGAAGCAAGUUGCCGACAGGCUGCGGAAUGGGGAGAACCCUAUAGAUACUUGUGAGAUGUUCGACAGCGUGUCGAUCCUGUUCUCCGACGUGGUGACCUUCACGGAGAUCUGCUCACGCAUCACGCCCAUGGAGGUGGUCUCCAUGCUCAACGCUAUGUACUCCAUAUUCGAUACCCUUACCGAAAGGAACAGGGUAUAUAAAGUAGAAACAAUAGGCGACGCCUACAUGGUGGUGUCCGGAGCUCCGGAGAAGGAGGACAACCACGCAGAGAAGGUGUGCGACAUGGCACUCGAUAUGGUGGACGCCAUCACUGACCUGAAGGACCCUAGCACAGGUUCCCACUUAUCAAUACGAGUAGGAGUCCACUCCGGCGCAGUGGUAGCUGGUAUAGUAGGUCUGAAGAUGCCUCGCUACUGCCUCUUCGGAGACUCUGUGAACACAGCCUCCCGCAUGGAGUCCACAUCGGAAGCCAUGAGGAUACAUAUCUCACAAACCACGCAGGAACUGCUGUCUCCAUCGUACAUGGUGACUGAACGAGGGGAGAUACAGGUUAAGGGGAAAGCAGGUGCAAUGAAAACGUACUGGCUGGAAGGGCGUGAAUCCCGUCCAUCCCUCACCAAGGUCAUAUCACCACAACUCAGACCAGGAACAGAACUGGAAUGGGAAAGAGCUGCUGACGUCAGAGACAGUAUCGCAGAGCAUUCAGCACAACAAAUGAACAAUAAAGAACAAAACAACUCGCGGAUACAAGAACUUCCAAAUUCUGGACCAAACUCCUUAGUGAAUGUAAAUUGUGGGGCUCUAAUGACUCUGCAGAAUUCUGUGAGAGCUUCCCAAGUAGCUGCACCUACUACAACGAUGACGUCACCCGUUGAAGAGAGACGGAUGUAUUCUCCUGUCACUUUCCAAGAUGUAGCCAGACGGAGUAUAGCGAAUUCCCCGAAUAGGACCGAACGGGAAAGAGAAUCACGAUCAAACUCAACAAGUGUGGUUGGUAUGUGGACUGACGCCGAAUCCGUGGAUCCUGCGAGAACUGCCGACAGUCUCAACUCCUCGUUUUGUUACAGUUCAACGUCACCCUGCAGAGUUGGAACAGCACCACAACCCAAAGAAAAAGAUAAUGACAAUAUGGUUGAUGCGAUGUUAACUAGCCCUCGGCUUACCUUUGGGUGCUUCACGCUGUUCCAACAGUGCGUGGCUCGGAUGUCGCCGGCUCACUCCGCGCCGCCCAACGUUGGAGGGUCCUAUUCAACGCUAAGACCUGAAACUGCGUCUUCAACGGCUAAACAUAGUGGUGAUGAAAUAGAAACAGACACAGAAUACCAAGACGCACACACAGAUAUCAACCAAGUAUCACACAUAUGCACACAAGAAACAAUCGAAAACCCAAAACCAGGGAAAGUUGGGAGGUUUAAAGCAAAAAUAGCUCCUGGACACAACAAAUCAUGUGUCCAUAAACAAGUGUCCAAAGAUUCUAUAAAAGACAAGUUACAAGGGAAUGUCCCCCAUGGACACCACCAUACGAAGAAUGUGAACCAUCACCAAUGCUGCGGUGCGUUCGGAAACCCACAUGUCAGGCACAAAACUAAUUCGAGCUGUCAUCUUAUUUAAUUGUAUGUAGUUAUAAUUUUUCAUUAAUGUUUUACCCUUUCUUGGCGGGAAUUUUUAAUCUGUGUUAAAGACCACGUAAAAUAUCGAGGUAUUCAAACGAAAUAAAGAAUGAAUUAUGUUUAGAAAAAAUAUGAAAA